AUGACAGGAGAAGGAAGGCUUUUCCCCUCUACAGAACAGAGGCCCAUUCUACCCAGCAUACACAUUUGCACAGAGCAGGGUCCCCAGGCCUCCGCAAUGUUGGCCCCUGCCUCCGGGCCCCACCUGCCUCCUUACCUGCUGCUGGCUCUGCUGUUGGGACUCACAGGUGUGGCAGGUGAGGCGGAGCUGCAGGUGAUCCAGCCCGAGAAGCUGGUGUCUGUCACAGCCGGAGAGACGGCCACUCUGCACUGCACCCUGACCUCCCUGGUCCCCGUUGGGAAAAUCAGGUGGUUCAGGGGGACGGGGCCAGACCGGGAGUUAAUCUUCAGUUUCGGAAGAGGCCACUUUCCCCGCGUAACAAAUGUUUCAGACGCCACAAGAAGAAAUAACCUGGACUUUUCCAUCCGCAUCAGUAACAUCACCCCAGCAGAUGCUGGAACCUACUACUGUGUGAAGUUCCAGAAAGGGGCCCGUGAGGUGGAGUUUAAGUCUGGACCAGGCACCCAGGUCACCGUGAGCGGAAGGAGAGCUGGCAGCCCAGGAAAAGACCUAGAACUCUCUCCUUCACUCUUGGUGGCUCUCUCCCUGGGCCCCAAGCUGCUGCUGCUCGUCUUUGUCUCUGCCAUCUAUGGCCACAGGAAGCAAUGGAUUGACUGUGAGUCAUGGACAAGGAGGACAGAGCCAGGUGACCCAGGAGGAAAGUAGCACCGAGGACAUAGGAGACACGUGGAGAACAUUUCUGGAAUGAUGAGCAGAUAAUCAAAUGUGAACAUGGGUCCACGGCUCCUUCCUUCCUCCCCUGCUACAUGCCAUCCUUGGUCUCUGCUGCCUCCUUCCUUCCCUGAGGGGCCCAGCCUAAGACAAGGAACAACUAGAAGCUUCCACAACCCUGCCCCAGAUGCCUGCUUCCCCAGAGACCCACCUGCCCACAGUUCCUGCUGCUCCUCUCCCAGUCCUUGAUGCCCCCAGAGCUGGUCUUCAUACCUGGUCCUGAGCAGGGGCCAUGGGAACGUGCUCUGGAAACUGACAGACGGGUAUCUUCCUAGAAUGUGAGAAACAAGUCACAUGUACGUGUACCAGGCUAUCUCUCAUCCAUUUCCUGGGGACCGUGGCCAUUAAGUACACACUCAAGGCCAUGCUCUCAUGGGCCAUUCCUGCCAACCCCCAGACUCGCCAGCCUCAGUGAGGUUCUCCAAUGCCUCC